AUGGCGGAGCAAAAUGAUCAUGUUGCGGGAAGUGAAGAACUUAUAUUUAAUCCACCAGCUUCCCUUCAAAAUGAAGCUCAUGUCAAUUCUAUGCAACAGUAUCAAAAGAUGUACCGGCAUUCUAUCGAUGAUCCAGAAACAUUCUGGCGUGAAAUAGCAGCUGAAUUUUAUUGGAAAUCUCCACCAACAGGCAAAUUCUUUGAUUACAAUUUUGAUGUGACAAAGGGGCCAAUAUUUAUAAAAUGGAUGGAAGGUGCAAAAACUAACAUUUGUUAUAAUAUGUUAGAUCGCCACAUAUCUAAUGGUCUUGGUGACAAGAUUGCAUUUUAUUGGGAGGGGAAUGAUCCAACUGAUCAUGGUAAAAUAACAUAUUCUCAACUACAACAAAAAGUGUGUCGUUUUGGUAAUGUAUUAAAGAAUCUAGGAAUUAAAAGAGGUGACCGGGUGGCUAUUUAUAUGCCAAUGAUUCUAGAUUUAUCUGUUGCUAUGUUAGCAUGUGCUAGAAUAGGAGCUAUUCACUCUAUUGUGUUUGCUGGUUAUUCUGCUGAAUCUUUAGCUGAUAGAAUAUUAGAUGCCCAUUGUUGUGCUAUAGUUACUGCAGAUGGAGUAUGGAGAGGAUCAAAGUUAUUAAAUUUGAAAAAGAUUGUUGAUGAUGCUUUGAAAAUCUGUGAUGAGAGAGGACAUCAUGUAGACAAGAGUAUAGUUGUUAGACAUCUCAGUGUAGAUGAAGAGAUUAUUAACAAUGGUGAUGGUGAUGAUGAAAGAGAAGCAGCUAGACCUAGUCAUAAAUUAAAGAUCAACUGGACUGCAGGUAGAGACAUCUGGUGGCAUGAUAUGAUGCAAUCUGUUAGUGAUGUAUGUGAACCAGAAUGGAUGGAUGCAGAAGAUUCAUUAUUUAUGUUGUAUACAAGUGGUUCUACUGGUAAACCUAAAGGUGUAUUACAUACUGUUGGUGGUUAUAUGUUAUAUACAGCUACAACAUUUAAAUAUGUCUUUGAUUAUCAACCAGAUGAUGUAUAUUGGUGUACAGCUGAUGUGGGCUGGAUAACUGGACAUUCUUAUGUAACUUAUGGUCCUUUAGGAAAUGGUUCAACAGGAGUCAUAUUUGAAGGAACACCAUUUUACCCUGAUGCAGGUAGACUUUGGGAAGUCAUAGACAAAUACAAAGUGACCAAAUUUUACACUGCUCCAACAGCUAUUAGAGCUCUCAUGAAAUUUGGUGAUGAUAUAGUUACAAAAUAUAGUAGAGAAUCAUUAAAGAUAUUAGGUACUGUUGGUGAACCUAUUAAUCCUGAAGCCUGGCUAUGGUACUAUAAUGUUGUAGGUAAUGGUAAAUGUGCUAUUGUUGAUACAUUCUGGCAGACAGAAACGGGUGGUCAUGUAUUAACACCUCUACCAGGUGCCACACCUACCAAGCCAGGUUCAGCUACAUUUCCAUUUUUUGGUGUUGUGCCAGCUUUAUUAACAGAAGAAGGUAGAGAAAUAGAAGGACCAGGAGAAGGUUAUUUAGUAUUUAAAAAACCAUGGCCAAGUUUAAUGAGGACUGUUUAUGGUAAUCAAGAAAGAUUUGAAACUACAUAUUUUAAAAAAUUCCCUGGUUAUUAUUGUACAGGAGAUGGUGCAAGAAGAGAUAGUGAUGGGUAUAUAUGGAUUACUGGUCGUAUUGAUGAUAUGGUGAAUGUAUCAGGUCAUUUAUUAUCUACAGCUGAAGUAGAAUCAGCUUUAAUCACCCAUAAAAAUGUUGCUGAAGCUGCCUCAGUUUCACAUCCUCAUAAAAUAAAAGGAGAAUGUAUUUAUUGUUUUGUGACAUUAAAACAGGGUUGUCAAUAUACAGAUGAAUUGGUUGUUGAAUUGAAGAAUAUAGUACGAACUAAAAUAGGACCAUUUGCUCAACCCGACUUCUUACAGAAUGCUCCAGCCUUACCUAAAACUAGAUCAGGGAAAAUCAUGAGAAGAAUAUUAAGAAAGAUAGCAGUAGGGGACAGAAAUUUAGGUGAUACAUCAACUCUAGCAGAUGAGAGUGUCAUUGAUCUAUUGUUUAAUAACAGACCUAAUAAUGCUUAG